AUGAAUCAGAAAAAUCACUUUGUUUCGACCUAUCAGAAGGACUAUGUCUGGCCUGACAUGCCAGGUAUAUGUCAAACUGAACCAUCAACUAAGCCCCCAAUCUCUGUUAAAGUUUGCGCUUGUACCGAUUCACCGCAAGUGCUUAAAGAGCUUUUGGAUACGAGUCUCGGAGGGUAUCUCGAUCGGGAUCGAACAAGACAAUUGUCAGAAACUAAGAUUUGUAAGACUAGACUCGCAAAGAAGCUCGAUAGACCGUCUAAAAUUUGUGUGAAAAAACUUAAAAAGGAAUAUCCCGAUGAAUUAUUAGAGGAGAUAUCACCAGAUGUUGACCGUUUCAAAACGACGUAUCAAGCGCAUUACAGUGAUCCCGCAGCUGCACGUAUGACACAACGUGAUCUAGCACGGGCGAGCAUUCAUACGAACGGUCAACAAUUGCAAUGUCGUAUGCCAAUAAAGAUAACGAUAGAGACUGAUUGUUCGACGACUGAUUGUCAUCCCUCUCCUUCGAGGCUAAUGAAUGAUUACAAGCGAAAAAAUGGAUCCAAGCGCGAAAAGAGAUGCGAGAUAGAGUCUAAAAAACUACCGCCCUGGAAGUCCGAGUAUCAAGAGAGCAUUAGCAAAAUUGGCCACGCCAUUAUGCGUGUUAAAUUGCAUCACGCAAAGAGAAAAGUUCCACUCCAGUAUCAGCAAUGUAUAUCCAAUUAA